AUGACAAAGCAAUCAAACCUCAGUACAGACAGUAUCACUUUCAUUGUUAGAAAAACCAAUCGUUUGCAUCAUUCAUAUCGAAUUACGGAAAAUGUCAACGAGUAUCUCAUCCUUUUGCUCCACGAAUGUUCGUGA